AGGCCAGGAGCGGAGAAGCGGUUGCCAGAUGGAAAAACCUGAUGCACUACGUCUACUGGUCGCUGCGCACCUGUGCUGAAAUAUCUCUAAAAACCGGCAUUGUGUAUCUGUUACUGUGCCUGCUCUUUACGCAAUGGCACCCUAGAUUAAAUAGGCUGAAUGAUCGAUGGAUGGUGCGCUAUGCACAGACCGCAGCCGCCCCGGCAUCUGAGCCCAGGAUCAAGAAGUUCCAGAUCUACCGCUGGGACCCAGACACAAUGGGGGAUAAGCCACGCAUGCAGACAUAUGAAAUUGACCUCAACAACUGUGGCCCCAUGGUUUUGGAUGCCCUCAUUAAAAUCAAGAAUGAGAUGGACCCCACGCUCACAUUCAGACGCUCCUGCAGAGAGGGUAUCUGCGGCUCAUGUGCCAUGAACAUCAACGGAGGCAACACACUGGCCUGCUUAAACAAAAUAGACAUCAAUACCAGCAAACCAAUCAAAAUUUACCCACUCCCACACAUGUACGUUGUCAAAGAUCUGGUGCCGGACAUGAGUAAUUUCUAUGCCCAGUACAAGUCCAUUGAGCCCUUCCUGAAGAAGAAAGAUGAGUCUCAGGAGGGAAAGGAGCAGUACCACCAGACUGUGGAAGACAGGCAAAAGCUGGACGGUCUGUAUGAGUGCAUUCUCUGUGCCUGCUGUAGCACCAGCUGCCCUAGUUACUGGUGGAAUGGAGAUAAGUAUCUGGGCCCUGCUGUCCUCAUGCAGGCCUAUCGUUGGAUGAUUGAUUCACGUGAUGAGUUCACAGAGGAACGACUGUCGAAGCUCCAGGACCCCUUCUCUCUCUACCGCUGUCACACAAUCAUGAACUGCACUAAGACAUGCCCCAAGGGACUCAACCCAGGAAAGGCUAUUGCUGAGAUCAAGAAAAUGAUGGCAACAUAUAAAGAGAAAGUCAUUAACCCUGUGAACAUUGUGGAUAACCACCGGACUUGAAAUCCACUAGUAAUGACUCUAAUGCUGAAUUUUCGAUUAAACAUUAGCCUUUCAACAGUGUCUGUCCCUUUCAUUAGGCUUUGCACAUGAAAAAAGACACAGGCAGCCUAGAAGAUACUGCUGAUUUUAUAUCUGUGAGAGUGGAAUAACUGCUCUUCCUUCUAGAAAUGUUUUUUUUUUCUUCUAAAAAUACAUACAAAAGUAAUGUUUGAUGUGGUGAUAGAGCUUAUUACUCGGUGUGUGUGUAGAUUGUACAGCAGAGGUUGGCACCAGGUACUGGCCUACAAGUAUUUAAGAUUUUGGGGGGGAUUUUAGUUUUUGGAGAAAAAAAUACUAAAACCACCAGGAAUUCAGCAAAAAAUGUGUUUAGUUUAGGAAAUCUGUUCAAGUAUUCCCAUUAAUAAAAAAAGAUGUGAUCGUGUCUCAAUGUAAUCAGGGUCUUAAAUUAUUUCUAUUUCAAAUACAAUCUCUUUUGGUGCUUAGUUGUGGUCAAUUUGCAGUGUAUAAAUGAUUUUUAAUUCUGUUCCGGCACCACCGACUAUCCACUUCUACAAAAAUCAGCCAACAGCUGAUUCUAGUUGCGUACCCAUGUUGUGCAGCCUUAUAACCACAUUAUGGGAUGAUGAGCUCUGGACCACAAUUUGAUGUUUGUUCAUUGGAUAUACUGUACGUAUAUACAUCAUAUUUUAAGGAAAACCAGUUAAAUGUUAUUUAAAUGCUUAUCAAUAAAGGAAGUAGAAUUAAAACAGGCUUUGGAGAUGUCUUAAUUUACCAUUGUAACACAUUGAUAGGUUUCAUGAACGAAACUGAAAUGGUUUAGUUGAUUUUUGAAAGGAUUGAUACUUUAUCUGGUUAAUGGCUGUUAGAAUAGUUUUUGGGUCAAAGAUCUACUCAGAAUGCAAGUAUGUUUUCAAAACUAUGAUUUAUCAUUGUCUCAUGGGGAAUGGAGUUUGGAAAAAUGUAUGUUACAUCUCGUAAAUAUUGUAUGGCGAAAUUUGAUUUCAUGUCUAGGUGUGGGGCUCUAUUUUGGUGGCAACGCCCCCGAAAAGAUCUCCCCUGUCAUUUUCAGAUUAUAUACACUAUGCUUACCGAUCAAAAUAAACAAAAACAAACCCCA